UAUUACUCUGCAUGAAACCGUUCUUGAUCGACUCCAAGCAGGGUGUCGUGAUUAACGUUGGUUGUGAGGUGGUGCUACCAUGGCACGAUAACGUAGCUUUUCUUAAAGCGCGUGCAAAUGUUUCUCUUCGGCAGUCCUGGUGAAUCCCCACCGCACUCGGCCACCGAACCAAUUUGAAUCAACGCCGAGCCACUCGCCCCCCGCCGCCCGCUUGUAGAUCAGCAAUGUCGUCUCCAAAGUCCGAGCUCAAAGGGAGCUCGAACGCAGCGGCAUAUUUUGCGCUGCAUCGGGAAAUCGGCAGACGGCGGCCUGGAAGCAUACGCAAGGCAGCGCUGGUGCGGUCGCUGGAGCGCGGGGCGGAGCAGGUUACGGUAGCAGAGCAGCUAUGCACGUUGGACACCCUGUCGGUGACCUUCUUCCCAGACGAGGACCUGUACCGGGAGGGCCUGGCCAUCCUCGGGGUGCUGCAGCAGAAGUUGCAGUACAACUCGCACGUGCGGUCGGACCAGGAGCAGCCCUCAGCCGGCCUCAUAGAGGCAUUGGUGCGGCUGGACGCCGUCGAGAUUCUGCAGCGCAUCGUGAUGCAGUCGAGCCGUCUGCCGAGGGAAAGUGCAUUAAAGCUCGCGGAGGAUCCCAGGUACCUGGUGUUGCAGAGCCACUGCGUGGUGCUACUUCAUCGCCUGACGCGGCCAUUGCCCGGCGGCUGGCCCGCAGCCGGGAGCUGCUGGAUGCCCUGCUGUCGCUGUUCCAGUUCACUGAGACCUGCCUGGUGACCUGCGAGUUGGUCGAGUGCCUCCUCCUGUCCCGCAUGGCGGUCCUCAACCUGGCUAACCUCGUGAACCUGUCCGGCCUGAUUGUGCGCCUGGACGACAUCCAGCUGGCCAACUUCUGCAAGAUCCUGGCCAUCAGCCUGUCGGACCUGGACGUAUACGAACACAAGACCUCCCUGUACGCCCAGUGCAAGGAGAAGAAGCGGAAGGACUUCACCUGCGUGCGCGACAUGAACCAGGAGGUCAUCCUGAGUGUUCCGGGCAUCCUGGAGCGGCUGGUCCACAUCGCCUGCGCCAAACCAUACACGCCCCGGUUCCCUUCGGCCGCUGGCGAGAUGAACCACUGGAUGCAGUGGAUCGAGCGCCAGGUGUCCGCCUGCGUCCAAGGCCGUCCCUCUGCCCGGCCAGACUUUGUGGGCGGGAUCUCGCAGUGGAACCGGGACACGGGCCGCUUCCAGCACGAGGCGGCCCUGCAGAUCUCGGCGGAGAUGACCUUCCGGGCGGAGGCGGUCUACAUCCUGGGUCUGCUGCUGGCGGGCAAGCGACGCCGGGAGGUGCAGAGGGCCCUGGCCGCCCUGCGCCUCAUCCCCCGCCUCUCGGACCUCUUUGACCACUUCGUCUGGAAGUACAAUGCGGGACGGGGUCGCAUGCCGGGCCACAACGUGAACUGCGAGUGCAGUCCGGAGGUUGCCCUCAAGAUUCAGGUGCUGCGGCUGGUCCACAGCUUCUGCGAGCACGCCCAGUACAAGCACGUCAUGCUCUCUUGGAGCGAGUACAGCGAGCUGAAGCGCAACGAAGCAGCCCGGUCGGUGGAGAGCCCCAGGUUGGACCGCAGCCUGAUGUGCACCGGCAGCAAGGGCCUGCUCACCAAGAUUGUCGAGGUGCUCAAGAAGGAGACUGGCAGCUCCACGUUCAGGUUUUGGCUGUCCCGUGCCAUUGAGAGCUACUUGCGAGGUUGCACCAGCAGUGCCGACCAGGACUUCCUGCUGUCUCGGGGACUGCUUCAGCUGGUGGCCGGCAGCCUGGUGAGCCUCGGGGUGCGUCAGAAGGAGGUGCUGCAGAGCAGCUUCGACCUGCUGGGCGAGCUGGUCAAGUUCAACGUGCGCGCCUUCCGACAGCUCGACAAGGUCCUCUCCACAGAGGCCAAGCAAAAGAAGCUGCUGCAGCUGGUAAAUGGCUACCUGGUGGACUCCAACAUGUUUGUGCGUAGCCUGGUGCUGUCCCAGGAACACCUGUCCAGCUCCAGCGACAAGGAGACUAGGGACUAUGCGGAGCGCCGCAGCUGCGUGCUGAGCCACAUUGCGGAGCCCCGGACCCGGCUGCGCUACCUGCGCAAGCUGGUGUCCCUGGUGAACGUGUCCAGCCUGACCCAGGAGAAUGUGAGCUGCGUCAACACGGCCCUGGUGCUGCUCAUGUUUGCCGAGCAGCGGGGCCAGCUGGGCGACUACCUGGCCGCCUUGGGGGCCCCCUCGGGGGGCCUGCUGCCCAACCUGCUUGACCUGCUCCACUUCUGGCAGGACCACUACCUGCACAAGGACAAGGACUGCUCGGCACUCGAGAAGAGCUCGCGCAUCAGCUUCAGCCGCUGGAAGGCAAUGGUGCACAGCCUGGUGUCUGGCGGCAGUCUGGCCUCGCCCCUUCACCACCCGGGACCCAGCACCAGGGACAGCUAGCCCCACCCGCCGGCUGCUGUACAUACUCGCGCCCGUGGCCUCACGGGCGCCGCCGCCACCAUUUUGACGCCUGCGCCUGCGCGCGCUGUACAUUUUUCUUGAUUUCCGAGAUGGUCGACCUACGGAGCGUUUUUUUCGUUUUAAUCCACGGCGGCCAGAUUAAUUUUCCAAGUUCAGUUGGUCGAAAAAGUGUAUAGGCACCCGCCGUUUCCAAUAAAUUCCUUUUGAAAGC